AGAGAGGGAAGUCAAUAUGUAAAUCUCCCUUGCACAGCUAACUAUUUUUUGAACAUUUCAACUUCCUCAAACAAGACCAGUCUGCGAACGGACACACCUGGAGAGGGAGCUCGGCCACUUACUCAAAGAACGGCUAGCUGCCUGCACUUGACUUGACUCACUGCUGGCCCACUCGGUUGAGAGGAUCAGGGAUGGCAUUCUGGUGCCUCUUCAUCAUCGCCUUUUGGCUCAGUCAAGGUCAAGGCUGUGAUGCUCACAUUGUGUGCUUCAAUGACUACAUCAAAGAUGUGACGUGCAUCUGGCCUGCCAAGCCAGACACCGACUGUUCAACUGAUUAUACUAUGUGGUAUCAGACCUUGGAUUCUUUUGCAAACUGUUCUGAAGUCACAGAUAUGGAGAAUCACCAAGGAUCAUCUUGUCAAUGCAAGUUCGGGGAACAACCUUUGGUCAUUGGUGCUGUAUACAAGAUCAGGGUGGAAUACAAUAAGAGUGAGAUCUUUAACACAACUUUCGAACCUUCACAAACUAUCAAGCCUUUAGCUGCAUACAACCUCACAAUCGACAUUUCGAACGACAAAAACAUACUCCUGUCUUGGGAGGACGACUACAGCAGUUUACUUUUGGGCAAAUACAUUGAAUAUGAAGUUGCCUACAUGAGGACAGGAGGGAAUUGGAAGACGGUCCCUGUCUCCAAUGAGAAAACGCUGCGUCUAAAUCCAUUUGUGGAGGCAGGAUACACCUACCGUAUGAGAGUCCACUCCAAGACAACAGAUAACUACAGAGGCAUGUGGAGUGACUGGAGCUCUGUGAUCGAGUGGAGCUACAAUUCCCGAAAAUGGAUUUUACCUACAAUCAUUGUUCUUGUGUGUAUCUUCAUCCCGCUGCCAGUGGCAAUCUGCUUCUAUACGUAUCAGUUAGCAAAGAAGUCCUGGUGGGAGAAAAUUCCAUCACCCCUGAAGAGCUCAGUGUCCAAACAAAUUUUCAACCAACCACAGAUGAAAGGAUUAGUUUUCAGUGAAAAUAAGAUUGAUGACUGCAAAGUGGAGAAGAUCUCCUGCAUGAAAGAUGUAUCUAGGGAGAAAGCCAAGGUUGACGAUCCCACUGAGCACCCCGGUACAGACAGCGUCACGUUCCCUGCCUUCCAACCCUUGAUGAAGGACAUCAGGCAUAAUGAGAAAAGCCCCUUUCCUCACUUUCCAGGCUUUGGCUUCCCUGUGCUGAUGGACAUCCCGUCUCUUUUCCCUCUACCUGUUGAGGAUUUGUCACUGGUUCCUUCAGGUGCUCCAGGUUAUUCCUUGUUCAACGGCAUAACCAAAGACCAGUGGGCAGAUGAGGGAGAUGGCUACCGUCCUUUCAACAGUACUGAAGAUGGAACCCUCCGACUGACACUAUCCACAUACUCGCUGAGCCCAGGGCCUGGCAAGGAGGCAUUUCAAGCACCCGAGCAAGUUGGCUAUCAGACAUUUAACAGUUGUGUCUCCAAGCCCUGGGUCACAGGGACUGAAGGUGAAUGGGACCCUGGGGAGCAGAGCUCAGAAGCACUGCUAACACCUCUGGAUCCAAGUGAUGUUGAGUCAUCUGAGUAUAUGGCUUCCAGCAACUGGCCAUUCCCAGCAGAUGGCAAGGAGCCUGACGGGGAAGGAAAGGAUGAUCACCACGCUUCAUACAAUUUCACUGUGGCUUCUGGGAAUGACUUCCUGUUACAUCCCUUCCCACUGUUUCCUGAAAGACUACCGUCCACAACCUUCCAGCCAAGUCUUCCAGGAAAGAUGGAAUUUCAAGAACCUCCUUCCAUCCACUGGGGACCUUGCAUGUCUUUAAGUCUGGCUCCUUCCCUGUACCCUCCUGAGAAAGUUGCCUUAAGCUAGAGCCAGACCAGCGGACAGUGAAUGACUAUCUAAGGAUGUGGGGUACAUGUCAACAAAUAAAACUACAACCAGAAUAAUCAUAUUCACAUGUUUCCGUAGUGCUAGACAUAUGAACUACCAAAAGUGCAAAUAGGGCUGAAUAUAGAGGAACAAACUUCUACACUUCUUUACCACAAAGGAGGACAUUCAGCCCAUUAAGUCUAUGUUGGCCCACACAGCAAUCUCAUUGACUACAAAUGGGGUAAUUUGCAGCAGCGAAUUAACCUAGCAACCCGCCCGUUUCUGAUACGCAGGAGGAAGAUGAAGCACCCAGAAUAGACCCAGCAGUCACAGGGAGAACAUGCAAAUUCCACAUAGAAAUACUUGAGAUCAGGUUUGAGCCCUAGCUGUUGGAACUGUGAGGUAGUGGCUCUAAUAAUUGCACCACUGGGUCUCCCAAAAUAUUACAAGAGAGAAACCAGGCCUCUUUGUCAACUUAAAAGUAAGACACACCUAGCCCCUGGAUGUCAGCGCAAUACUCAAUCACUUCUUUAGAGAUAUGUGUAAUGAGGAGAUGGUAUUUUGCAUGUUAAUCCCCUUUGGAAUAAAAGACAAGUGUCUACAGGGCCUCGAUAUGAAGAGAAAUAGCGAAACUGGAUAAGGCAACAGACAAUGCAGGCAAAAGGCAAAGUACCGUAAAAGUGUAAAGGGUUGGUUCCCAGAGACACCUCAACAGAUGAGUCUGGUCUGCCUUAACCAUCAGAUGCAAGAGCUAAUUUGGCAGGCAAGUAGCUCAGAAUUGCAAAAGCAGGUGGCACAUAUUUUUUUUUCUUUGGUCUAACAGGCCAACAUUGACAAAGAAAAAUGGGUUUAAGAACAAUGAGCCAGCUGGGACUGUUGAGUGUGGUAGUGGUGGGAAGGGGGGUGCAUUCUAUCCAUCUACUGUGGAGCAUCAAAUAAUGGCUGAGAAGAUGAUAUUGGGAAAGAGAAGAAAAAGUAUUUUCUGCACAUUCAAUCCAUAUUUGUCCAGUAACCUAUCUGCCCAAAACCAAUCUCAUUUCUACAUCAAUAUGAGCUGCAAAUUAUCUGCUGACCAGUAAUGCAAAAUCCAUGCAGUUUGCAAUUAAUAUUGAAGACAGAAGUCUUUUGAGAGGCAGGACUGGGAACUGUGCUGCCUGUGAGGAUGGUGAACCACUUAAGAGAUAUAAGGAAGAGAUAAGGAACUGUCCUUUCUCAACAGGAGAGGAAAUCUUUGAUUCAAAUAGUCACAUUGUAAAAGUUUUAUAAGUCCUUAACACUUGCAAUAGUAUUGUAAAGAGUUGUUAACUGCUUUUUAUACAAACACUUUUCCCUAAAAUGUGCAUUCUGGACGUUAAAGCAAUAAAGCCAGCGCAUAUUGUGCACGGGAGUUGCUCAAUGUGUACAUUGCAGGUUCUUGUUAGCAAUAACUCUCCAAAGCAAAGUGAACAGGAAUCUUGUGCCUGAGAGAAGGUACUAACUGGUACAUCUUUGGUCUGUGGGAGGAAACCGGAGCACCUGGGGGACACCCACACGGUCAUGGGAAGCAGGUACAAACGUUCUUGCAGAGUACACCAGAACUGAACUCCAUCAGCCCGAGCUGUACUAGUUUUGUGCUCAUAACAUCAGAAUUCUCCUUCCUGCAAUUUAGAGCCUUCACUUGUGACCCAUAUCUACCCCUUUCAAGAACAAAUUUAAAACUAACAACUAUGGUCACUGGUCCCAAAGUUCCUUCCUCUUCCCCCCCCCCCACCACACCCCCACUCAGACCUCAGUCACUCGUCCUGCCCUAUUUCUUGUAUAGAUCACCUGAGGGAACUUUCCUGAACACACUUAACAAAUUUCGGCAGUAUGGCAGUCCCAAUCUAUAUAAGGAAAGGUAAAAUCCCCUACUGUGAAAACCCUUUUCUCAAGCAAACUCCCUGCAAAUUUGUUCCUCCAAUUCCCAUCCACAGCAGUAUAAAGUGCUUGUUACCUUGUUAUAUUUCAUCUCCCACCCACAAAGCCUCACUGGAUGAUCAUUCAUCCUGGACUGUUACCAUGACAUUCUCCUUAAUAAGGGAUCCAACUCCCCCUCCUCUUAUUCCUUCACCUCUGUCCCAUCUGUACCCUCCAAUCUUUAGCUGACAUUCCCACCCCUCCCUUGGCCAAGUUUCUGUAAUGGCUAUAAUGUCUCAGUGCAAUUGUAGAUACCUAUGCCAUAUCAUCUAUCUGACCUGUCAGGCCUCUCACAUUGAAAUAAAUACAAGUUAAUCUAACAGUCUAACCUUCCUCACUGUCAUGUUGCAGCCUGUCUUGUCUACUCAAUGUACUGUCAUUGAAUUCUCUAUCAGCUUCCAGCCUCCCAUCUGUUUUGGAUCCAUCCCCUAAAUCUAUUUGCAACCCUCCCUCGUUAUAUCAGCAAAUCUGCCCACUAGGACAUUGAACCCUCCCUCAUAUAAACAUUUGAUUUUCCAAGUUUUUUUAAAUGGGAUUUUCUGUGCUUUGUUACAUUUAUACCAUGGUUUUUAACGCAGCUAAUUUUGGAGGUACUUUGUCUGCCCUGGUAUGCUUCCUUGUGUGUCUUUUUCAGGGUGCAACGUCUAGGCGCUUUCUCGCUAUUCGUGUGUCUUUCCUUUGCGAUGUUUUACGGUGGCAUUUUGAGUGAAUGGUAUAAUGGUAUUGUCUCUUCCCAACCACAAACAAGAGAAAAUCUGCAGAUGCUGGAAAUCCGAGCAACACACACAAAAUGCUGGAGGAACUCAGCAGACCUGGCAGCAUCUAUGUGAAAAAACGUCUUGUUGACGUUUCAGGCCGAAACCCUUCAGUCCUGCCGAAGUGUCUCGGCCUGGAACGUUGACUGAACUCUUCUCCAUAGAUGCUGCCUGGCCUGCUGGGUUUCUCCAGCAUUUUGUGUGUGUUGCUUGUCUCUUUCCAUCUCUUUUUCAUUAACUCAGAUUUCUGUUGCAGCUUUUUUUCAGCUGUUACUUUUCAGUAUGUCCUUUGUCUAGGUGUAUCAUCGUGCAAACAUCUUCUACUGCAAUUUUUAACAGCUUUUGUUAAAUCGGUUAAACGCUCCCCCAUUUAUGUUCAUAGUUUCUGGAGCAUUUUUUGUUUGUCCCUUUUCCACUUCUCUGCCCUUUCCCUUCUGCAUAUUUUAACAUAUAUUUGUACAACCUUUCCUGUGGCUUGUUGUACAAAGAAAGAGAGAUGCAAAAACUGAAGAAUGUGUCAGAAGGGGCAAGAGUCACAAAAAAAGUCAGCCAUAAAAACUGACGAAGUAAGCAAAGAAAAAAAUCUCCAAAAGUGUCAGUCAGAGUGACAGACAAGGGUCACAGAGUGUUACAAGCUCAAGGAGAUCUGUUUUUUUUUGUGAGAAUGAUGUAAUGGUCUUUUGGAGGUCACCCGAUGUGAUUUUCCCGCCGGUGAGGUCACGUGAUGACAUGUGCCCCGUGACUAUAUAAGGGUCAACUCAGGUGACGCAGUAGGUUUUUAAGUUUGUAGAUUUCCAGGUAGAAUGUGCUGUGCCUCCGUUUCUGUUGUGUUUGUUUUUGGUGAUGCAGUUUCAUUUUUAAAACAGUUGUGCGUUCUGUUGCAAAAUUCCUUAUUAUCUGGACUGGAAAUUUGUGGCUGGAUUUGCCGAUUUACUCAAUUCCAACAGUUGAAGGGAGAGUGAAGAAUUUACUGAAGGAUCGAGAGAAGUCGGCGUCAUUUGGCAGUUUAAUAAAGAAUCAACCUUAUUGGGUCUUCGUUGGAGGAGUACCUGCAUGGAGAUAACUCUUGCCAGAAAGAGCAAGGAGUUCAUGCAAAAAGGUGCUCUCUCUCGCUAAAGGAAUUUAAGAUCAGUUGAUUUAAACUUUAUUUUUGGCAUUGUGAAUCCUGUGGACAGAACCAGCAGUAAAGGUGCGUCUGUGAAGAAAUCCUUCUCCAGAGAAGUCUCUCCCAACUGAACGUGUAAAACUGUUGGACUUUCGAAGUUAUCGCUUUAAGAACUAUAUCUGACUGUAUCACUUUAAGAACUGUUUUUGCAUUUAACGCUUUAAGAACCAGAGCCGAGUGGCGAGAUGGUGAAUGGCUUAAUAUCUGUUAACUUCCAGUUAAAGUUUUCCUUUGUUCUUUUUUCCCUUACCGUUUAUACGUGUUUAAUAAAUGCUUGGUUGUUUUUAUAUAAGCUGUC